AUGAGACUGAUCACCGUAGGAUUCCUCUUCCUAUCAACCUCCUUCCACUACUCCCACGUGUUUGCCGCGAAUGGCAACCGAAAUUUGAACAUUAAGCCCACCUGUCAUAAGUCAGGCAAAAAUGAUAAGGCAAACGGUUCGGAUAACAUAGCCAACAAGGGCGGCGCGCAGCACGCCGCCAACGGAGCGACGGGCACACCGAGUGGCAGUUCGAACGGGAAGAAGGGCGCAACGACCACCUCUGCUUCCGCAGGACAGGCGGGUGCGUCUGGAGGAAUGGCCGCCCCGGGAAUGAACCCCAAUUUUGAGCAAAUGAUGAAGCCGCUGAACGAUAUGUUUAAGGGAAACGGAGAAGGACUAAAUAUUGAAAAUAUUAUGAACAGCGAUAUGUUUCAAAAUUUCUUUAACUCGCUCAUGGGAGGUAACCCACAUGAUGGUGCCGGCGGUGGACAGGAGAUUCUGUUUAAAGAUAUGCUCAACGCGAUGAAUGCACAGGGAGGAGGUGCCCCCGGCGCAGCUGCCACAUCCGGCGGUGCGAACAAAGACCCGAACAUCUCCGUGUCCCCAGAGCAGCUGAACAAGAUUAACCAACUGAAAGAUAAAUUGGAGAAUGUCCUAAAGAAUGUGGGAGUAGAUGUAGAGCAGCUGAAGGAGAAUAUGCAAAAUGAAAACAUCAUGCAGAAUAAGGACGCGCUUAGGGACCUGUUGGCCAAUUUGCCAAUGAACCCAGGGAUGAUGCAAAAUAUGAUGGCAGGCAAAGAUGGCAAUAUGUUUAACAUGGAUCCCAACCAAAUGAUGAAUAUGUUUAACCAGCUGAGUCAGGGCAAAAUGAAUAUGAAGGACUUCGGCAUGGGUGAUUUUAUGCCCCCCCCUGUCCAUGCGAACGACCAGGAUGCUGAAGAUGACAGUAGGGGAAAGGCCUUUGUAACGAACUCAAGCAACAACGAUAUUAACUUUGCACACAAGUUAAACGCUUUUGAGUAUAGCAACGGACCAUCAGAAGGGAUGUUCCAACUGUACGGAAUGAACAACGACGAUGGGGUGAUAGACGACGGUAUGAGCGACUCCGUAGGGAAAAACAGCGCGCUAGAUGUGAGUGGAGGUAGUAUAAACAGGAACUUAUCUGAUGGAGACUCCGCAAAGGAAGAUUCAGACGAGUCCAACGCGAAUGCCACUUCCAACUCGAAUGCCACCGUCCCGAAUAAGGGCGGCCAUGAGGGUGGAAGCGCGAACGAGGUAUACUCUAACGAGGAAGAAUUAAUCACCUCCUCCGGAAGCAAGGGAGACGCGAAUAAAUUGGCAGGCACGGGUGGCUACAAGAAUAACAACGCAUUUCUCGAUUUGAACAAUUUGAAGAAAGACGCCAGUGCCGCCAAGUACGGAAAGGACAACUCAGGUGAUAAGUCCAAUGGGGGAAACUCAAACGGAGGUAACAACAAAGUGAUGAACAAGCGCAUCGGAGGAAAGAAAAAAAAAACGUUCAAGAAGAAGAAGAACCCAGGGCAGAUUCCAUUCAAAAUGGAGACCUUGCAAAAGUUAGUGAAAGAAUAUACCAACACGUCUAAUCAGAAAAUUAUGGAGAAGAUUAUAAAGAAGUACGUCUCCAUGAGUAACCAAAGCGCUAGAGGCAACAGCGAAGAAGAGGACGACGAAGAAGAGGCGGAAGAUGAGAAAAGCGCAAAGGAUAAAAACUCCGAAAAGGAGGCAGAACUGAACAUGAACGAGUUCAGCGUUAAAGAUAUUAAGAAGCUAAUUUCGGAAGGUAUUCUAACAUAUGAAGACUUGACGGAGGAAGAACUGAAGAAAUUGGCCAAACCAGAUGACAUGUUUUAUGAACUCUCUCCCUACGCAAAUGAAGAGAAGGACCUCUCACUAAAUGAAACCUCUGGUGUUUCAAACGAACAACUGAAUGCAUUUUUAAGAAAAAAUGGAUCCUACCAUAUGAGUUACGACUCCAAAGCGAUCGAUUACCUGAAACAGAAGAAGGCAGAAAAGAAGGAGGAGGAACAAGAGGAUGACAAUUUCUAUGAUGCCUAUAAACAGAUUAAAAAUUCCUAUGAAGGUAUACCCUCCAAUUACUAUCAUGACGCUCCACAACUUAUAGGGGAAAAUUACGUCUUCACAUCUGUGUAUGAUAAGAAGAAAGAGUUAAUUGAUUUCCUCAAACGAAGCAAUGGCGCCACCGACUCAAGUAACAGCUCCGCUGGAAAGGAUAAGGGAAACUCUGCAGAGAGUGGCACCUACAAAUCCAAGUACUAUGAUAAAUAUAUGAAAAAACUAAGUGAGUAUAGACGAAGGGAAGCAUUUAAAAUUUUGAAGAAGAGAAGAGCACAGGAAAAGAAGAUGCAGAAAAAACAGGAGAUGCAAAAUAAUAGCAGCAAUGAAGUGGACUACUCCGAGUAUUUUAAGAAAAAUGGAUUCAUUAACAGCAGCAAUGGAACUGUUAAGACGUUUUCCAAGGAUCAGCUAGACAAUAUGGUGAAGCAGUUUAACAGCGAUGGAGAUGACAUCCCCAGUAGCAGCGGUGCCGGUGCAGACUUGGGUGAUAACUAUUCCGGCGUGAGUGGAGGUGGCCAGUUCUCUCCCUCCGGCGGAAGUGGCAACAACCCCUCGGGUUAUGUCACCUUCGAUGGGCAGAACAUCGUCGGCCCGAAUGAAAAUGAGGAGGAAGAGCCCACCGAGGACGUCCUGAACGAGGACGACGAUAACGCGGAUGACGACGACUGAGGUGGAAGCGCUGCGGUGUCACAUCUGAUGUGUGAUGAUACGGAGGUUCCACGUGAGCGGCCAAGCCGCGCCCAGCUUGAAAGUUAAGAAGUACUCAUGAUGUGCAAAGCGGAGGAGCAACAAUAUCCCCCUUAGCAGCGGUACGAGGCACCGCGGCGUUGCACGGUCGGCGGCAACCUAACCUCGCAGGCCUCAUAGAAAAGGGCUGAGAAAAUACAACAGAUGAAGGGAUAACCCCACUGAGGAUCGGCCCCCCCAUUUGACGCGAACGCGGCAUCGACUUAUUACCCACUCACCGCGCUUUCCCCCAUCAUACUUAUGAGCUCUUAUCUGUUCAUUUGCACACCCCCCAAUGCUUUCCCCCGCUAGUAGCUAAUUGGCCAAGUAGCUAACUGGCUAACUAGCGAGUCCCUCUCCUUCUCUCCCCCCGUUGCGUUUCCCCAUUCGCACACAAAUUAAAGAUCUCUCAUAUGAUAUAAAUCUCUUUAAAGAAUUAAUUUUACCAGAACUUCAUUUUAUCUCCCCCCCUGUUGACAUAUGAGUCUUCACUUUCCAUUUUUCACUCCUCCCCUGCCCAGUGUAGUUGCGGAUCGACUCGCAUCCACAUCGUUGCAGCGUCUCUACGACCAUGUGCAUAUUUUGUUCCCUUUCCCUCUUUUUAAUAUGUGAUUUUACUUAAUUUUUCCCCCCAUUUUAUUCCCAUUUUAUCCCCAUUUUAUCCUCAUUUUUCUUCUCAUUUUU